AUGAUUAAAUUACAAUUAAAAUUAGAUGAAACAGAUAUAGAAAUUUUGAAACAAUAAUAUUUUGAAGACAUUAAAAGGAUAGAAAGCAAAUUAGUUAAAACUCUUAAAUAAAUUUUUUAAUACAAGAAAAGUCUAUGA